CAUGUGACGUCAUCAAGCUGGACGCGCCCUCUUCCUUCUCAGCCCAGACUCCCAACACUUUUCAGGCUCGGACGAUUUUGUUUUCUCCAGCGCGGAACUCAUUUCCCUGAUUCUAAAAAUGUCUUUGCGUGACAAAAGCGAUGCAGAGCUAAGCAAGAUGCUGACCGACUACGGCAUCAAACAUGGACCCAUAGUUGACUCCACUCGCAAAUUGUACCUGAAGAAGCUUGAGAGGGCCAUGGAACAAGUGCCUGAGAAACCCUCCUCCGAUAAGACUUACUACAGAGAGGAAGAAGAAGAGAUUACGUACAUCACGUACCACAGCCCGGUCAGACAUGAAGGUUAUGGUUAUGAAGACAUGCUAAAAAGAAGAUACAACAGUGAACCAUUUGAAGAUGAGGAAUUAGACGGGGACAUACAGAACACGCCCAUCCAGCGCAGCAGCAAAGCAGCCAAUCAGAACGCCGUGCACUCCAAGGAGGCUGUCCAAUCCGGAUGCAGCUUCUGUGGGGUGAUAAAAUUGCUACUGCUGCUAGCGGUUGUGGCAGCUGCCUACUACACUUAUUGUUACAUUACCAAAGAUGAAAAUCCUUUCACGCUUAAAUGAUCAAUAAAUGACCACUUCUAGGAUGCAAUCCCUUUCACUUUGUUUCAUACGUUGUCAUUGGUUUGUAUUCAUUUUGUCGGCGACAUGAUGGUGGCAUGGGAAAGAAAAGUUUUUAUAUUUUUACAGCAAACGCCGUCCAAAUCAUGUCAACCCUAGCAUUGUCACAUUGUAUUUCAAUGCAAACACUAAAGUUGUCUUCUACUUGUGGGUGAAUUUUGUCCUCAAGGGUGCCGUGCAAAAUCAAAUGAUGUUACUUGUUCUGAAAUUUGUAAUUCACUACAAUAAUAAUAAUGAUGUUUGUUUGUUCAUCCAUCUGUGACAGCCAUGUAGAAUAUUCAAGCAGAAUAUUUAAAUAUUCUCGCUCGAUGGCAGUAGCUACAAUUAACCAUGUUAACGUUGUCAUUCUUCCAACCGACCAAUAGGUUUGUGUCAACAGGCCCGCCUUAACAUUGACUAAACAAAUGUGUCUAGUAAACUGAGAUCACUAGAAACAAGAUCAUAAUUUUGGUAUACUGUACUGUACUUUUGAGUCUAUUUUUGUUUGAUGGGGUACUGUGAGUUGUCUUUUGUAAAAUGUGUCUUGCCUGAAUAAAGAUUACUGAGGGGGCAAAGAAACUCUAAAAUAUU